AUGGCCGGAAUAACCUUUCCGAGUAUUGACGAUUGCAAAUCAAUAGGGCGGGAAAAGGACACAGUUGUAGCAGACAUGGAUGGAACCUUGCUUGUAGGGAGAAGCUCAUUUCCUUAUUUUGCCUUGGUUGCUUUUGAGGUUGGAGGGAUUCUAAGGCUUCUUCUCUUGCUUUUAGCUUCACCAUUAGCCGGUUUGCUUUAUUAUUUCGUGAGCGAAUCAGCAGGAAUCCAAGUUCUCAUCUUUGCAACAUUUGCAGGGAUGAGAGUUUCUGAUAUUGAAUCCGUGGCACGUGCUGUUUUGCCUAAAUUUUACUCGAGUGAUCUUCAUCCCGAGUCAUGGCGGGUUUUUUCUUCAUGUGGGAAACGUUGCGUGCUCACCGCGAAUCCUAGGAUUAUGGUAGAAGCAUUCUUGAAAGAUUUCUUGGGUGUUGAUAUGGUUUUAGGGACUGAGAUUUCAACAUACAAAGGGAGGGCUACUGGAUUUGUUAAGCAGCCUGGAGUUUUAGUUGGGAAUAAUAAAAGCUAUGCUCUUAAGAAGGCUUUUGGAGAUACAGAACCAGAGAUUGGAUUGGGUGAUAGACAUACCGAUUUUCCCUUCAUGAAGUUGUGCAAGGAGGGUUACAUUGUCUCACCCAAACCAGAAGUAAAGGCUUUAACAGUUGACAAGCUUCCCAAACCCAUCAUUUUCCAUGACGGCCGCCUCGUACAGAAGCCGACGCCGUUCAUGGCUCUCAUCAUCAUUCUCUGGGUUCCGGUUGGCUUUCUCCUCUCUUGCCUCCGUAUGGCUGCCGGUGCACUACUCCCAAUGCAUAUGGUAUACUACGCUUUCUGGGCACUGGGGGUUCGUGUCAUAGUUAAAGGCACACCUCCGCCGCCUGUCAAGAAAUCAAGCGGCCAAUCAGGUGUUCUCUUCAUUUGCUCCCACAGAACCCUCCUUGACCCCAUUUUCCUCUCCACCGCCCUCGGUCGCCCCAUCGCAGCCGUCACUUACUCCGUCUCUCGUCUUUCCGAGAUCAUCUCACCAAUCAAAACCGUCAGACUUUCUCGGGACCGUGCCACCGAUGCAUCCAUGAUCAAGAAACUGCUACAAGAAGGUGACCUAGCCAUAUGCCCGGAAGGAACCACUUGUCGAGAACCUUUCCUCCUCCGAUUUUCCUCAUUGUUUGCCGAACUAACCAAUGAACUUGUGCCGGUGGCGAUGGUGAACCGGAUGAGCAUGUUUCAUGGAACCACUGCUCGAGGGUGGAAAGGGAUGGACCCAUUUUACUUCUUCAUGAACCCUAGCCCCGCAUACGAAGUGACAUUUUUGAACAAGCUUCCACAAGAAUUGACGUGCGGUAUGGGAAAAUCUAGCCAUGAAGUCGCAAAUUAUAUUCAGAGGGUUAUAGCCGCAACUCUUUCCUACGAGUGCACAAACUUUACGAGGAAAGAUAAAUAUAGAGCUCUUGCUGGAAAUGAUGACUGUGAAGAUACAGAGGUCUUGGUAGAGGGGGAUACGUUGGAUGAAGCCUCAUUGAGGGGGAAGCGAUGUCUGUGUGCGCAACUCUUGUCUGCAAAACAUUACAACAAAGAAGCUUUAUUUAGUGACAUGAGAAAAAUAUGGCGACUGGGUCGACGAGUCUGGUUCCGAGAAUUAAAUUCGACUAUCUUCCUGAUCGAAUUCGAAGAUGCUAAUGAUAGGAGGAAAGUCCUGCGUGAGGGACCUUGGGCUUUUGACAAAUCUCUCUUACUGAUGGGCGAGAUCGAUGGAAAGCAGCCAAUUAGUCAGAUUCAGCUUAAGCACAGCUCCUUUUGGAGUACAGCUGGUUCCUUUUCGGCACCGGCAUUAGUUCGGUCAAGGGCGACUAGCGCAGAACAAACAGUCCGAAAUUUCCAAAGCGAAAAUUACGGAAUUCAGCCGUUACAACAUAAGGGGAUUAUGAAAGUACCAAGCGAGAAUCAUAGGAUGAUUCCAGAACCGACUGAUCAAAAUGAGUUAUCUAAGAAAAUGAUUGAGAUCCAAGGUGUGGGCCACUGUGAUGGUAAUGGGCUGGACCUGCUUGAAAUUGCCAACUCUGUUCAGAGUGAAAGGAAGGCCCAAGUUGAAAUGGGAUCCAAUGAUACGCCAGGGCCAGGCUUAUUUCAAAAGACUGGUCCAACCCAAGUCCUAAAGAAACCUGGUGGGGAGGUGACUAGGAAAUGGAAAUGCCUUCGAUCUGUGAGAGUUCAGCCCACAAAAGAGGCUUCGUUAGAGGGUGUUUUGGAAACACCUCUGGCCUAUAAACGCAAAGCUACCAUCAUAAUCAGUUCGACAGGAGGUCUUGGAAAGGAGGAUGGUACAGUUCUGUAA